AUGGAGGCCGUUAAAGAUGCCCAGACCGUUCUGCUCGGAUACGAAAAGGACGAGAGGUUCAAGUCCAGCGGCAAGUCAGGCGAUGUUGAGCUGUCCGUUCGUCCCCCUACUGCUACCGAACGGCAGGUCGUAUGCGGCAAGAUGAGCUUUGGUAAGGACUAUUCUAUCCAACAGAUCAUGCAGUUUAUCAAUGAUCUCACGGUUAAGGGGACCUGGGACAGUCAAUUCCAGGAUGGCAAGAUACUAGAGACCUAUAUGAAAUCGGACUCGCAGGAGUUCCUGCUGUGCUGGGCCGCUUACAAGAAGCAGUUGGGUGUAUCGGGGCGUGACUUCGUGUAUGAAGUUCUCACUGAAAUGCUCUCUCCUACUCUUGGUGUUAUCGCUACUCGCUCGGUGGAGAAGGCAGAAUAUCCGGAGCAUAAGUUUUUGGACACUCAUUGCAGAGGCUUCAUCCACAAUGCUGGGUAUAUCAUUCAUGAUGUCGAGGGAGAGAAGAUGGUAUCCUAUUAUAAUCAGGUGGAUUUGAGAGGUUUGAUACCGACUUGGAUCGUGAACAAAGUUCAGAUUCAACAGCCUACUAGUCUAAAAGACACCUACAAGGCCCUCAGACAGUACAAGUUUAGCUCCCUCUAA